GCCAGUUCGACGCCCGAACAUGGCGACGGCUAGGCCUAACAUGGGUGUAGGAUCGAGUAGCUCCGAGCAUCAGGCAGGAGACAGUUCGCUCGCAGCCGAGGCUGGUGAGUCGAGCGUCGGCGACCCGACGCCACUUAGUCCGACUGGAUCGUCGUUUGGCGCGCCAGGAUGUCCAGGCUACCCGGCAGCAGCGACCGGCGCUAGUGAAGGCGAUGCGCUAACGCCUCACACCCCCGAACCUGAAGCUGAUGGCGGGGGCUGCGAUAGCGGUGAGCCCACUGUUGGGCCGGAAGGGUCCGCGGGCUCCGAGUACGAGAUGGGCCAUGGACACUACUUCACUAAGAAAACAUUUCACAAACCCACCUAUUGUCACCACUGCACCGACAUGCUCUGGGGCCUUAUCGGCCAGGGCUACAUCUGUGAAGUGUGCAAUUUUGUCGUGCACGAUCGGUGUCUCAAAACAGUGGUAUCGCCUUGUUCCACUAUUGCAAUCAACGUCAUCAAGAAUCCGGUGCCACACUGCUGGACCGAAGCGGGUCAUUUGAAGCGCAAGUUCUGUAACGUAUGCCGCAAACGUAUCGAAGACAGCUGCGCGGUUCGCUGCGAAGUGUGUGAAUACUGCGUUCACCUUGAAUGUCAGGACUUCAGUGUGGCCGAUUGUAAGCAGUGUGCGACGUAUACUGCUAGUAGGACGAGCAAACAACAGUCACAACCGGUCCAAUACCAUCACUGGCGAGAAGGAAACCUUCCUGCCAACUCCAAAUGCCAGACGUGCAAGAAGGCGUGUUGGUCGGCCGAAUGUCUAGCCGGCAUGCGAUGCGAAUGGUGUGGCAUAGCGGCGCAUGCGACUUGCUAUAAGCUCGUCCCAUCCGAGUGCAACUUCGGUGUACUCGAAUCUAUUAUGCUUCCGCCAGCCGCCGUGUCUAUUCCUCGUACAGACGUCCCGCUAGAAACCAUCAUCGGGAUGGAAAUGAAAGGUCGCGAGCAAACCAUGGCUCGUAACACAUACCCAAGUAUAGCACGCAGCAUAUCGGAGGAGUUCUCAUCCACCGCCGGCGAACUGACCAGCCAGAGCGAACGGGCUACACGUACCAAGGAUAUGCAGGAUGACUAUCCCUCGCCUAAAGAGAAGGAUAAAGAUGAAGAAGUUAUCAAAGUAUACGAUGGCAAUGCGUCGAUGAAACGGCGGAUGUUCAGGACAAUCACGGUGGCGCGCAGUGCGUCGCGAGAGGCGAUCAUCGCCGCAGCGCUUCGCGCUUUCCAUGUGUCGGGUGAUCCAAAGCACUACGUUAUCACCGACGUGUUCGAUCCCGCCGAAAAGGAGCUUGCCGACUUCAUGCCCGUACAGAGCUUGACGCGGCGCGAAGGCAAACGUCCAGCCAUCUUUUUGCGGUACAAGCCGCCCAACCCAGAUCAAGGCUUUGUUAAGGUAUUCCCGGGAAAAUUACGGUCGGCUGACAUUUUUCGCAUGAUCCCGGUAACGAGUGACACAUCUGUCGAGGAAAUCAUGGUCUCGGCAUUGGAUAAAUUCGGCCUAGAUGCGUCCGACAUUAACAAGUUCCGUCUAUCCGAGGUGACGCUUGACAAAGGGUCGGUGCAUGAGCGGGUGAUGGAUAAUCAAGAAUGCCCCUGGGAGCUACUAAGAGGCAUCGCCAGGGAAUCUAUUCGACAAAAGGACCUCACCCGUUUCUAUCUGCAGCAGAAGGAAGACUGCUAUAGUGCAACAGUGGCCCUCUUCAUAGGAAACCUUCCACCAAACUUAUCGCAAAGACAGUACGAGAAGAUCCUUCUCGACCUUCUAGGAAAACCGUACAAAUUUAAGCAAAUCGGUCCGAUCUACUAUGAAUAUGGAUCGUUGGUGGUGACCUACGACAACGCGGAUAUUGCCGUCAAGGCAUUUUAUAUGCUGCGAGAGACUACGUAUGAAGAGAAAAACCUGUUAGUGCUUCUACUGCCCAACCUGAUACCUGACAACAUCCCCGAAGGUGUCCGGCCCCUCUUGGUAUUUGUUAACGUUAAGUCCGGAGGGUGCCAGGGUUUGGAGCUAAUCACAUCAUUCCGUAAAAUGCUAAACCCGUAUCAGGUCUAUGACCUAGAAAACAGCGGGCCCCUACCGGGUCUAUACGUAUUUCGGCACGUGCGCGACUACAAGAUCCUCGUGUGUGGGGGCGACGGCACUGUUGGCUGGGUACUCCAGUGUCUCGACAACGUGGGACAGGAUUCAGAGUGUCAAUCGCCGCCAUGUGCCAUCGUGCCGCUCGGCACUGGAAAUGACUUAGCGCGUGUACUUCGUUGGGGACCAGGAUACACUGGCGGUGGGGAUCCGAUGUCAUUACUGCGGGACGUCAUUGACGCCGAGGAGAUUCGUCUCGACCGGUGGACAGUCGUAUUCCAUACGGACGAGAAAGAUGAAAGCAAACAAGGUACAUCCAACUCGACGUCGGAAGAUAACACCGCCAUAUUUGUCAUGAACAACUAUUUCGGCAUUGGUAUUGAUGCUGACCUCUGCCUCGACUUUCACAACGCCCGCGAAGAAAAUCCUAACAAGUUCAAUAGCCGCUUACAUAAUAAGGGCGUAUACGUCAAAAUGGGCUUGCGAAAAAUGGUCUCUCGGAAAACGUGGCGAGACCUGCAUCGAGAAGUGAAACUCGAAGUUGAUGGUAAAACCGUUGAGUUGCCACCUGUUGAAGGUAUUAUUAUUUUGAACAUCCUGAGUUGGGGUUCUGGUGCCAAUCCGUGGGGUCCGGAACGCGACGACGCAUUUUCAAAACCGACGCACUACGACGGCAUGUUGGAAGUGGUUGGAGUUACCGGAGUCGUGCACAUGGGCCAGAUACAAGGCGGCAUGCGGAGCGCGAUCCGGAUCGCCCAGGGCGGUCAUCUGCGUAUCCGAAUGAACACCGAGAUGCCAGUGCAGGUUGACGGGGAGCCCUGGAUACAGCCGCCGGGAGAAGUCGUGGUCUUGCGAUCUGCUUUGAAGGCUACGAUGCUGCGAAAGUCGAAAAUGAAACGUCGCAACACGGAACCGAUGCUCACCUCGGCCGCGUCAGGCGUAUCAGAGAAAUCCUCAAACUUGGAUCAAUCGACAACAGACUGACUGCGUUGGUACCACUCGUGCAGCCGAGCACUGCUGAUCACCACCAGCUCUUCCAAGCCCUACACAAGCAAUCAUGCUACGCAAAAAGCCGAAGCCUCAUCGGAUCCACCGACGGAAUACCGAGCCGACAUUGAUGCCAACGAGCAAGUAAAUCAUGGGCGGUCAGUCAAGAAAGGCUAUUUGUACGAUUUUCGGAUUCUCACUAACAUUCACCCUCGCGUCAAAACAACACUGUUCAACUAGACACAAACAAAUGGUAACAGGGAACUGUAUUGCCUCAUUCACCGAUCUGUGCGAAACUAGAAAAAUGUUUCUACCAUCGACAGACGCUUAACGACUCAGAUCUCGUAUUGUUAUCAUCAAUUAGCGUGUUGGUACGUUAACACGUAGAUAUGUGACGAUCCACCAGGGUGGCAAAACCAAACGGAUGGAUGAAUAAAAGGAAAUCAGAAAUUCCGUCACGACCGGAUUUGAGAGAUGCUAAGUACACACUAGACACACACGGUAUCGCAACUUCAGUUUAUCAACUUCUGCAAUAGUUUAAAGGAAUGGAGGUAUAAAAGAUGAGAUGGUGCAUUUCAUUAUCGGAUCUAAUAAAUUAAAAAGCCGAAUUAAUGCAGUUCGAUCUGAAUAUUGGAUCAGUCUAGCCAUAGGAAUGUUAUCAUAUAUAAGGUCGUACUACUUUUUGAAGCUAUGGGACGACUACAAGAAUAUUAAAUAGAGUGAUUUAAUACAUGAGACGGAGCUUGACGCUGUAACUAUGUAUUUAUGUCUCAGCACCACGUCUUGAACUGAAUUUUUAUACACAGAGAUUAUGUCUAUAUUCAGCGAAAACUUUUAUUUUUAUUUGCUUUGCCUUUGCGGUUCUCGUCGAUCUCCUUGUCUUAGUCGUCGAAAUGAUUUAUUUCUGUUCCAUUAAUACUCAGGCGUUAGAUCACGCCCACUUUUCGAGUUAAAUUUAACUUUUAAUGUAUUAAAAAAAAUCCAUGUUAGAAAAAACCAGAGGAUUUGGAGGGCGUCGCGGUAUUUCAUGCAAACCCCGCUCUGCGACUGCAAUCAAACCACUACCACCCCUACGAGUUUACGCUCGCGCUUGCCACCCUGAAACAUUUGUAAUGACUAAAAUGAUUAAUACAUUUUAGAUUGAGAGAUUGCACGAGACAAAAAAGAGGAUCAGAAACGUGGAAAAAGUAGGCCUCAACGACCGACUGCACAGUGAGUGCAACGCCGUCGGAAAAGUUUGUGGAACACACGCACCAAAAAAGGAAAUGAUUAAAGGUAGAUUGAGCGAAAUGUCCAACGACGGAAUAUAUAUAUAUAUAUAUAUAGAUGAAGAGCAAAAGAAAGAGAGUGAAGGGAAAACACGUGUGAGAGAAACUGUGUGUAAGAAUAAAGUUGAGUGUAGUGACAAGGUGACUGUUAAAAAUAUUAAUUAUAAUGAUACGCUCGUGAAAGUACUACUAACAGUAAGAAUAAUAAUAAACGAACGAAUAACACGAAUUACACUAACAUGAUAAUUAAUAGGAUUAAAGCGGCAGUGUAGGCGACCUUGAAACUGGUCGGGGUCACCUUCUUUAAUACAGAUAGCAUAUAAGCAAGAGCGACGACAAGUGUCAUCAUAUUCAACUGAUACCAUAGUGACGAUAUAGUAUAUCACUUGAAGGAAGAGAGAAAGAGUGUUGUAUGACUGAUUGAGUAAUAUAUAUAUAUAUAUAUAUAUAUAUAUAUAUAUAUAUAUAUAUAUAUGUGCGCAAAAAUCAAAAAAGGAUACAAUAAUAGCACAUUUCAUUCUCUGCGAGUAGAUUAGCAAUUGUUUUGUUACCCUUAGUAUUACUACUAUUAUUAAUAUUGUCAGUACUGAUAGCUAAGAUCUUUGGUAAGAAGAUCUCAGUGGACCUCGCGUAUCUCUUAAUAUUAAGAGACCUUUUCCAUGCAAAGAGAGACCGCAAACAUGGAUAAUAAUAUUAAUAAUAAAACAAAAUUAAUCACAGCUGCCCUUUCAGAAAGAAACGCAGACAAGUUUGCAGACGUAAAUAAACGGACGCGUAGCAGACGAUGCUCGUAUUAACCAACUCACAUUAAGUAACAACCGAGUCCAACAAAGCAAGCAGACGAUUUUAUGUUAUAUGGUAUAAUUGCCAAGCCAACAACUUCCUAGCAAACGUCAAUGAAACAUGGAGUGCGAGAAGGUAGGACGAUGCUACCACGUGAAAGACACCCGAUAAAAAAUGGAUGUAAUGUCAGACGGACAACUGAAUUACAAUAGCACUGAGAAGAAACCUACAACAAAGAAGCAACACUUCAAUUUUGAUUCGAUGUGUCACACAAUGAGGACAAACUACGAAAUAUUGUUAGGUUUCAUGCACAGCGAAUAAUAUAAGCUUUUCUUAUGUAAAUCUAAUAGACCGAUGGGAUUUGUUAUAAAAUCAACGACCCAACGGUUACACCAACUCGUCUAGUAAGAUCAUUCAUGCAAUUGCGAAUAGAACGCACACGUCUUUGCAAACGUAGGGCCAAUAUAAGAGCGCAAACGUGUCACGCCGUUAUUCACGCACACACACACACACACAAAAACUCACACACACCAUAAGGUAAAUAAUCUUCUAAGACAUGAAAUCGUAGAUACAAGAACAGCCAGUGAACAUAGAAAAACAAGGUCGCCCCAUUUACCUCCUCGAGUCAUUAUGGGGAGGGUGCAAGUAUGUUGUUUUCCAUGAAAACCAAAUAAACCUGAGAGAGAAAUAUUACAAAAGAGAACACAACGCGACGAGUAAUAAUAAUAAUAUCGAAAUGGUGACUUCAUCACUAUCCUAACAUAAUUACCAUAUUUAAUAAUAUAAUUAUUAUCACAAUGCAUUAUUAUUACAGCACCGAAUAUUACCACACUUAUCAACAACUAACAUACGAAACUAUAAUAAAUGACAUUACAAUAAUCACGAGAUAUUACAGAACAGAGGUACAUUAUAAGGUAAAGCUA